AACUCGAAAUGCAUUUAGUGCCCGAUAAUAUAUUUACAUUUUAUCAAAAAAAAUUUAUGCCGAAUUCUGGGGUUGGUUCAACAUCUCACUAUAAUAUAAAUUUUUUGAUGUGUUUUAUAGAAUUUUGAUAUGAACAAAAAGUUGUUAUCAUCUCUCACAUAUGCAACAAAACUCACACGUUCAAACUCAUUCACCUGUAACAACAACAACCAACAACAACUUGUUGAUUUCUUCGAUUCUCUUCUCAUUCAACGAUGUUUCACUCUCCAACAAACUCGUCAAAUUCACACCCAAUUACUCCAACAUUGCUUCCACCAUUUUCCCUUCUUAUCCUCCAGACUCAUAGCAACAUACGCACGUUUCGGUUCCAUUUCCGAAUGUCGAAAGGUUUUCAAAACCACCCCAUUUGAAUCUCUCCAACACAUUCUUUUAUGGAAUUCCAUUAUUAGAGCCAAUGUAACUCAUGGGUUCUAUGAUUAUGCCAUUAAGAUUUAUGUUCAAAUGAUAAAGUUUGGAUUUUUACCUGAUGGGUUCACACUUCCUAUGAUAAUAAGAUCGUGUUCGUUUAUCGGUGUUGUUAGUCUUUGCAGGAUUGUUCAUUGUCAUGUUUUGGAAUUGGGUUAUAGGAAUCAUGUUCAUGUGGUGAAUGAAUUGUUGGGUAUGUAUGGGAAAAUUGGGAGAAUGGAAGAUGCAUGCCAUGUGUUUGAUGGAAUGUUUGUAAGAACUGUUUUGUCGUGGAAUGUUAUGGUUUCGGGUUACGCUUUUAAUUUUGAUUCUAUUGGUGCUUUUAGGAUUUUUAAACGGAUGGAGUUCGAAGGUUUUAAGCCGAAUUGUGUAACGUGGACGUCUCUUUUGUCGAGCCAUGCUAGGUGUGGGCUUUACAAUGAAACUAUGGAGUUUUUUCAGGUGAUGAGAAGAAGGGGUGUUGAGAUUAGUGCUGAAUCUGUAGCUGUGGUUUUAUCUGUUUGUGGUGACAUGGAUGGAGUUCAAUGGGGGAAAGAGAUUCAUGGGUAUGUUAUUAGAGGUGGAUAUGAAGAUUAUUUAUUUCUGAAAAAUGCAUUGAUAGGGACUUACGGGAAGAAGCAUGAGUACGUUGGGGAUGCACAUAAAAUAUUUUCUGAAAUAAAGAACAAAAACUUAGUGAGUUGGAAUGCUUUGAUAUCGUCGUAUGCUGAAUCCGGACUAUGUGACGAGGCAUAUGCAGUGUUUUUGCAGCUGGAGAAAUUGAAAUUGAAUGUUGGUUCGCCGGUGAGACCUAAUGUCAUAAGUUGGAGUGCUGUGAUUAGUGGUUUUGCUUCUAAGGGGUGUGGCGAGGUGUCGUUGGAACUUUUUAGGCGAAUGCAGCUUGCCAAGGUAGCGGCGAACUGUAUUACUAUAUCGAGUGUUUUAUCGGUUAGUGCAGAAUUAGCAGCGUUGAACUCCGGCAGGGAGCUCCAUGGUUAUGCUGUUAGGAAUCUGAUGAAUGACAAAAUUUUGGUGGGGAAUGGUCUGAUUAACAUGUAUAUGAAGUGUGGAGUUUUCAAAAAAGGACAUUUAGUAUUUGAUAAUCUUAAAGGUAGAGAUUUAAUCUCGUGGAACUCGUUAAUUGGGGGUUAUGGAAUGCAAGGGCUUGGUGAGAAUGCUUUAAGAACUUUUGAUGAGAUGAUUAAAGCUGGAAUGAGGCCAGACAACAUAACAUUUGUUGCCGUUCUAUCUGCUUGUAGUCAUGCUGGACUUGUUGAUGCUGGUCGCAACCUUUUUGAUCGAAUGGUCACAGAGUUUAAGAUUGAGCCUAACGUAGAGCACUAUGCAUGCAUGGUUGAUCUUCUCGGUCGUGCCAGGCUUUUGCAAGAAGCAAGUGAUAUUGUGAAAAACAUGCCAAUUGAACCUAAUGAGUGUGUUUGGGGAGCGCUUUUAAACUCGUGUAGAAUGUAUAGAGAUACCGAUAUUAUAGAAGAAACAGCAUCCCAAAUUCUAAGCAUGAAGUCGGAAAUAACCGGUAGCUUUAUGCUGCUGUCCAAUAUUUAUGCUGCAAAUGGAAGAUGGGAGGAUUCUGCAAAGGUCAGGGUCUCAGCAAAGAAAAAAGGUUUAAAAAAAAUACCUGGUCAGAGUUGGAUUGAGGUGAGAAAAAAGGUAUAUACAUUCUCAGCAGGGAAUGUAGUUCAUUUGGAACAGGAGGAAAUUUAUGCGAUCCUCGACGAAUUGAUGCUUCAAAUGGCGGGUGAAAAUUAUAAUAUCAGUAGUUGCUUUGAUCAACAAUGCAUUUGUGACCAAUCAAAGCUCUUGCUUGUUGCAAACUGAGAGAGGCUAGAUUUUUUUUUUUUGCCAUGCCUUUUUCCACAACCAACAAUAAUUAAGAUUUUUGAAUGCCUUAAGUUGGUGAAUUUCACAAGAAGUUGAUCAAGAUGUGUAUGCUUCCUGUUUUAACUUUCAAUCCUCUUGUGGAUAAAUUAAGUAAGUAUAUGGUUUAGGUAAUUGUAAAACUACAUGUUUUUUAUGAAGACAAAGAUCAACAAUUAUGGUUCA